AACAAGUAAAUGGUAACCAUGGUAACGAUUUCAGUUAUUUAGAGGGACAUUUAUAAACAUGUUAUCUUUUAAUUAAAAUAUUUAUCGGCGCCUAAAACAUUGUCGUAGCAAAUAUUCAUAAUCAAUUGAGUUCGUCACAAACCGGACGUUGGAUGUUGGUUGAUACCUAGGAGAACAUCGAUACUUUUGCCUUAAUGUUAUAUUUAGUGCUUCACAAAAUAGAAUCUUAAUACCACAGCUUAAACAUUUUUUAUGUGCACUUUAGCUUUUUCAACAGAGGUCAAUUCUGUUAGUAAGGGUCCGUGGAAUGUGAGACGCCACGAUCAAAUCUUUUUGGCUGACUGAGAUGGCUAUAUAAAAUAAAUGAGAUAGACUAUGUUCUCGCUGUCAUUUUGCUUCGAUAGCGUUUUUAUCCCUCUUCAACAGCUGACAAUGUCAAAUUGAAGGAGACCAUUUUGUGUUGAUCGUUUGUUUGUGUUGCGCCGAUUUUGAGACGUUGUGUGCUUAUAUUUGGAUUACAAAUAAUUUUCAUUGCUUCACAUUUGUUUGUUUUACGAUAUUGGUUCAUAUGGAGUGAUUAAAGUGAUUACAAAAGGUAAAUCCAUGUGAACAAAUAUAACCACGCUCUGCGAAGCAGUGUGACGCGCAUGCGCGGUUUGUGCUUGUCAGUGUCAAUGUCAUCAUAAGGACAGGAAAAUAGAUCAAAUGGCGAUUCUGGAGAAAUUCAAAAAGCAGAUUGUGCAAGACCUUGCUCGACACAUGAUCGAGGAAAAUGAACCUAGAGAUCAAAUGUGGAGUCGAUUAAAAGAUGAGUAUGGUUUGGACUGCAAAUUAUUGUGGGAACGCAUCGGAACGUUGACUAAGAAGAAAUUGUCCAAAUUGCUGGACGCCGAGGACCGAACAGAGUUGAUACCUGAUGUAGCUCAAAUGACACAAAACGAUUGGCUUGUUUUUGACAAAGUACUCGUUCAUGAAAAUGUCGACGUUAUCGGAAAGCCUUCAAUACUAAAUGGACAUCCUGAGUCUAAAGUCCUUUGGGAAUUGUAUAUUCUUGUAAGUAGUUAUAAUAUUGAGAAUCUGCCACCCGAAGAAGUCGCUAAAGGGUGGCAUAAUUUAACAAAGGUUUACAACACCAGUGGUCGAUAUUGCUCCGCCAUGUUACUACAGCUUCGUUGGUACCAAUUGAAAGAGUUGGUUAGAACAAACUUCCACAAUUUUUGGUCGAUAUAUCAAGGAAAAAGUAAUUUUAUGGAUCAAGUUCCCAGGGCAUCAAAAUUACAAAAAUUAAUAGCUAGUAGAUACGGUAACAUCCUAACCGGUCCAUUCAUACCUUGGAAGUGCUUAAUAAAGAUAAAUAUGGUUGUUAAAGACAGUGAUCUUGAAACCUGCAGACAGUUGGAUCAAUCUGAAACUUCCAAUGAUGAUGUAGAAAUUAUUGAAAUAAAACCAUCAAUUGAGACCAUAGACCUUAAUACAGAUUCUGAAAGUGAAGAUGGAUUAGAAAAAGAAACUACCAAGCAAAGUAUAAGUGGUAUCAACGAUAUCGAUUUGUUAGAGCCAGAAAAUACUUAUAUCAGUGAUCUGAAUUAUCAAGAAGAUAAAGAUACUUUGACACCAACCAUUUUCCCUAAAAUCGUUAACGUAAAGGGAAAAUUUGACAUUGAAAAUUCUGAAUUAUUAGUGUCUACGACUGAACAGCAUCAAGAUCUAAUCCGAAAAGUAAUAAAAACCCUUGAAAUGGAAAGAACAGUAGAAAACAUUAAAUUUACUGAUGAACAACUUCUACAGUGCAAAGAUCUAGAAACUGUCAAUCAAUGUGGUCAAGUAAAUACAGAAAAUGAAGACAAGAUCACCGUUGUAAAACUCGAGAACAAUUGCGAGGAAGAAAAUUAUUCUUCCCAAACUAUAGAUCCUAAACUAUUACUGUUUCCAAUAUCAUAUACAAAGAAGUUGGAUCAUAUGAGUAUGUUUAAAAAUACGAAUUAUUUCAAAAUUAAAGGCAACAACCUCAUAAAAUGUAUCGAAGCUGAGAGUAAACCAAUGAUAUUGAAAUAUGACUAUUCAAAAUAUGAAAUUCCACAAAUCAAUUCUUCGAGAGAAAUGCGACAAAAACAAAAAAAGCGAACGUAUAGUUCUAAACAGUUGCGAAGAAAUCCUGAUUUUUUUGUAGAACUAAAAAAUAUACCCGUAAAUUUCUUCUUAAGUGAACGAAAUAGGCGAUUGCUGAAUUAUUGUAAACCUGUGACUGUAGAUAUAGAUAGAUUGAUUGAAACAAAACGUACAAACAAUCCUAAUUUAGAAGAUUUAAGUAACAGAGUUAAACAAACAAAGGAAAGUUACGAGUUUAAAAACUCAGAUUAUAUUCUCGGUAAAAGUAUAGAGGACAUUAACGCGUCCUUACAACAUAAUGAAAUAAAUAAAUCCGAGAAGUCUUCCAACGAUACUGAAAAUGACAGAAAUGUAGAAAAACUCGGUCAAACCUUACUAGCAAUAGAAGUAAGCCCCCUUUUUUCGAAUAAUUACAAUACCAAUCCUCCAGUCAAAUUAGUCCAAUUAGAAAAAGACGUACCAAACCAUAAAAAUGCUAAGAAAAUCGACGAUUAUGUAAACACGUCAUCAGAUAUAUCCUUGAUUAAAGAAAGUCCCGUGGAUAAGAGUAAAGUGAAUAUUAAACAAUUGUUACCACAACAAAAUAAAACUGAUAAAUCUUAUAACGUUCCUAAAACCAAUUCAGUAAUAAAGUUAGUGCGAUGCCCGGUAGAUACAUUUAAUAAUUAUGAAAAAUUAAAAGAAAGCAAAUUAGGGAGUGACGUAAAAAAAUUACGACUUGCUGAACAAGCAGCGGAAAUCUUAGGAAAGCAAAGGAUCACUCAAGUAGUGCCAAUACUGAUAGACCAUCCACUUAAAAAGAUAGCUAAAACAAGAGUAACUAAUCAGAUUUUGCCAAAUAACUCCCGGAAGGAGGUACUAAAAUUGAUUAAAGGUCCAAUUAAAAAAGCAGACACGGUUCAAGUACCAAAAUCAAACAUGCCAUUGCAAAACAGUGUGGCUCUAUUUUUGGAAAAUGUUACAAAUGAUGAAAAAACCGGAAUCUCUGACCAAUCGAAAAAAAGUAAAAUACUGUAUGAAGGUGUGACCAAGAUUACAUCGAGCACGAAUACUCGAGACAAAUCAAUUUCUGGAGAAAGUAAAAAUUGUAAAUGGGAUCAGAAUGAAGUACAGAAACAGGAAAAUAAUAAGAAAUUAAGACAUUUAUGUACAAAACUGUGUGAAUGUACAGAGUACCGUAAUAAUAAUAAAUCAUGUGCUAAUGACAGGUCAAACGACUUAAACAAUGUCGCCACAUGUCUUCCACAUCAAAAUCCUAUGAUAAACCUACAGUGCCAAAUCAAGCAAAACUCUCUAUACCUCGUUGUCUCUCCAUUGGAAAAUAACUCUGAUCAGGACAAAUCGAUUUCAACAAAUCUGGACAAACACGAAUUGGACAGUGGAAAAUUUAAAAUGGCAUCUUUUCCCAACUCCUUAUUAGUAACCAGAGUAAGCAGUGAAUCUGCACAUUCGUCCUAUGAUCAAAAUGACCAAAAUGAAAUAAAAGAACUAAAUUCAAACUCGGAAUUAAACGUUAUUAAUAUUAAUUCUGAUACAAAAUCAACUACAACAUCAGACAAUGUUCUAUUUGUCAAGGCAAAAAAUAAAGAGAUUGUUGGAAGAAUUGAGGCUAAAAAUGGAAACAUACAAAUAAUACCAUGCGAUGAUAAUGAAAAAGAAGAACACAGAGAAAGUAAAAGAAAACUCACUGUAGAUCUGACUGAUAUUUGUGAUUCAAGACAAGCGAAGAGAAAAGCAAAUACAUUGGUAUAGUCAAAUAAUGUCAGUCAUUUUAUUUCUUCUGACUCUGACCCUUUUUCAAAGAAAAUGUACCACAGGAAAAAGCAACAAACUAAUGCAUUAAACUUGGAGUUUUUGAGAAAAAUAUCUUAAAUCAUUUGCUAUAAUGUUUUUUAUGGUUUACAGUAUCUGUUUAAAGCAACUAAGUUCAUUGUAUAAAUUUACUCAUAAUUUUGUUAUAAAAUAAUGUUAGGAUUACUAAAAA